UCGCAGCGACCAUCCGGCAACCGGCGAAAAUAUAUAGGAGUAGCUCCGGAUGUGUGAUGCAUCCCUAGUUACUUACUUUGAUGUUCCUCUAUAAUAUAGGACGGUUCUCUUUGUCCUAGAGACUACGAAUAAGAGUGAGAUAGACAGGAUUUUUACCUUUGUACCAGCAAAAUUAGACCACACGCCAACCUUAAUCAUCGGACAUAAGAAAACGAAGUCGGAUUUCCCCAGUCGAAUACUUACAAUAGCCGUUCUGAUCAGAGAGAUCUGGGUGACGGGCUAGAUGGUGAUUGCCUAGGUAUGGCUGCGAAUAAAGAGAAAGAAGACCAAUCCGAGAAACCAGCCAAUAGACUAGAAACGGCAGUCAUUUCUACGACAACCAACGAGAAUGUCGAGACGGAUGAGCAAAAUGAAAAUCAGAAUUCGUCUGUCAUCACCACGAAGGGCUCUAAGGGGACUAAUUGGCUGGUCAGGAUAACGAGGGCAUUGAAUUGGAUGCCAGAACGCUGUCGUUACGAUCCGGAGAACCCGCCUAGUUUUACCCUAUCAAUGAAUCUUCUCCUAGCAUUCAGUGGAACAUUUACUGUUGCAAACCUUUACUAUGCUCAACCUAUUCUGAACGUCUUAGCCGAGGAGUUCCACGUCAGUUAUGAGCGGGCAUCCGACAUUGCCACAUUAUCCCAGGCAGGCUAUGCUGUUGGCCUACUCUUCCUAUGUCCGUUGGCAGAUAUGGUACCUCGGCGACCGUUCAUCUUAUCCCUCAUAUGGGCAACGGCAACUGCUUGGAUUGGCUUGUGCCUCACGAACAAUUUCGAAGUGUUCAUCAGCUUGUCAUUUCUCUGUGGAGUUGGGACGGUAACACCGCAGCUUAUGUUGCCGCUCGUCGGCGACUUAGCACCGGCUCAUCGCCGUGCUAGUUCGCUCUCGGUCGUCGUAUCAGGGCUAGCACUUGGCCUCCUAAUUGCUAGGGUAUUGUCAGGCAUAGUGGCUAAUUUUACAUCUUGGAGAAACAUCUACUGGUUAGCAUUCGGAGCCCAAUAUUUAACACUGGCGCUGCUCUUCCUCUUCCUCCCGGAUUAUCCCACAAAGAACAAGGGCCUCAACUAUUUCAAGGUUCUCUGGGGAAUGGUGGUCAUGGCUGUUACAGAGCCCCUGCUCACCCAAGCAUGUAUCAUGGGGUUUCUACUCAGCGCUGCGUUUACUUCUUUCUGGACUACUCUCACGUUCCUCCUCGCGUCUCCGCCAUAUGAAUAUUCCUCGCUUGAAAUUGGAUGUUUCGCCUUCAUUGGGAUUGUGGUCGUUGCACUUGCGCCAGUAUGGUCUCGCCUCAUUACUGAUCGAUAUGUCUUCCUCUUCUCGGUUGUUCUUGGCCUCGCCUUCGAAUUCGUGGGCAUCGUGAUCUCUACAUUUAUUGGAAGCUUCACGGUGGCGGGACCUAUAAUCCACGCCAUCAUGAUGGAUUCUGGGGCCAACUUUGCGCAUACUGCCAAUCGGAGUAAUAUCUACAAUCUGGAUUCGAAGGCUAGGAAUAGAAUAAAUACGGUGUAUAUGGUUUUCGCCUUCGGGGGCCAGAUCAUGGGGACGGCUCUGGGAAAUCGGCUAUAUGCUCAAGGCGGCUGGGUCUGGAGUGGAAGUUCCAAUAUCGCCUUCAUCGGCGUGGCUAUAAUUGUGGGUAUAAUUAGGGGACCAAGAGAGACGGGAUGGAUAGGUUGGUCCAAAGGUUGGAAUAUCAGGAAAGACGAUCUCAAAGUAGAGAACGGGCGCCUUCAGCAAGUUUUGAUGCUGAAAGAGGUCUUCCAUCAUUAAAUAUGCCAAGAGAAAAUAUGUCACGAGAGGAGAGCGACACAGGGGGAGGCCCAUCGUCGAAAUGAUCUCGGCCUCUCGUAAGAUUCAUAUGUAUGAUAUAUAUAUAUGACCACCACUACGCUCAAGUGAGAAGAUAUGGGUAUUUCUCUCCUAGUAUCAUUUAUAAAGUGACGAUAUAGUAGUUCAUGUAUCGAGG